AAAUCAAAGUUGUAGUAUAACCAGCAGAAGAGCAGUGAUGUAUGAACUGAAUUUGGUGAAAGUACAGUGUGUUACAGUAAAGUUAUUAACUGUUAUGUUCAAUAAUGGUGAAGUUAUUAACUAUUUUUGAAAACAAAAAAAUAUAAAAACUGUGCCAAAGCAAUUACUUUCAAAAGGAAAGUUGUAGUAUAACCAGCAGGAGAGCAGUGAUGUGUGAACUGAAUUUGGUGAAAGUACAGUGUGUUACAGUAAAGUUAUUAGCAAUUUUUCUUAAUAAACAAAUCAUAACAAAUGAGCCAAAGCAAUUACUUUUAAAAUCAAAGUUGUAGUAUAACCAGCAGUAGAGCAGUGAUGUGUGAACUGAAUUUGGUGGAAGUACACUCUUUUACAGUAAAGUUAUUAACUAUUAUGUUCAAUAAUGGUGAAGUUUUUAACUAUUUUUAAUAAUAAAAAAAAUCAUAAAAAAAUUUGCAAAAGCAAUUACAUUCAAAAUGAAAGUUGUAGUAUAACCAGCAGGAAAGCAGUGAUUUGUGAACUGCAUUUGGUGGAAGUACCGUGUGUAAUAUUAAAGAUAUUAACUAUUAUGUUCAAUAAUUGUGAUUUAUUACCUAUUUUUCUUAAUAAAAAAUCAUAACAAAUGAGCCAACGCAAUUACUUUGAAAAUCAAAGUUGUAGUAAAACCAGCAGGAGAGCAGUGAUGUGUGAACUGAAUUUGAUUAAUGUACAGUGUGUUACAUUAAAGUUAUUAACUAUUAUGUCCAAUAAUGGUGAAUUCAUUAACUAUUUUUCAUAAUAAAAAUUCUAAACAUUUGCCAAAGCAAUUACUUUCAAAAUGAAAGUUGUAGUAAAACCAGCAGGAGAGCAGUGAUGUGUGAACUGAAUUUGGUGAAAGUACAGUUUGUAACAGUACAGUUAUUAACUAUUUUUCAUAAUAAAAAAUAAUAAAAAAUGUGCCUAAGCAAUUACUUUCAAAAUUAAAGUUGUACUAAAACCAGCAGGAGAGCAGUGAUGUUUGAACUGAAUUUGGUGAAAGUACAGUGUGUUAAAUUAAAGUUAUUAACUAUUAUGUUCUAUAACGGUGAAGUUAUUAACUAUUUUUCAUAAUACAAAAUGUGCAACAUCAUUUAAUUUCAAAAUGAUUGUUGUAGAAUAACCAGCAGGAGAGCAGUGAUGUGUGAACUGAAUUUGGUGAAAGUACAGUGUGUUACAGUAAAGUUAUUAACUGUUUUUCAUAACAAAAAAAUCAUAAAAAUUGUGCAAAAGCAACUAUUUUCAAUAUAAGUGUUGUAGUAUAACCAGUAGAAGAGCAGUGAUGUGUGAACUGAAUUUGGUGAAAGUACAGUGUGUUACAGUAAAGUUAUUAACUGUUUUUCAUAACAAAAAAAUCAUAAAAAUUGUGCAAAAGCAACUAUUUUCAAUAUAAGUGUUGUAGUAUAACCAGUAGGAGAGCAGUGAUGUGUGAACUGAAUUUGGUGAAAGUACAGUGUGUUACAGUAACGUUAUUAAUGUUUUCAUAAUAAAAAAAAUCAUAAAAAUUUUGCAAAAGCAACUAUUUUUAAAACCAACAUUGUAGUAUAAGCAGCACGAGAGCAGUGAUGUGUGAACUGAAUUUGGUGACACUACAGUGUGUUACUGUGAAGUUAUUGAGUAUUUUAUUAGUAACCUUUUUCGCGUUUCGCACUUUGCCGACGGUCCCUUAGGACUUGUCUCUCAGACGCCAGCGCAUUGAGAUCAACGUAUUUUGUACAGAGCGGAGGAAAGCUUGUUUUCAGGCAAACUCGCUUGUAGCUCGUUUACUACAUCACUACGAGUAAAAAGAGGCAUAAUUCGUGUACCAAAAACGUUUUGCUCGCGAGUUAUUGAUCCGGAAAAGUCGAAUCUGUGAAUAUCUUGCCAGUUUUACCGAACUCUCUGGCCAGUGUGUUUUGUGGCUGAACAGAAUCACACACAGCGCGCAGAACAGAACAGCGUAGUGUCGAGUGGAGUCAGUGCUGCUGAAUGAUUCAGUGCUGUCGAAAAGAAUGAGUAAACGGGGCGAAAGGUUCACACAACAGUUGGAAGAAUUCUAAGGACGUUUUCAUCCUCCUGGAUACCGGAUUUUUCGUUCAGUUCACAAAACACGUCUCAGAGAAGAAGUUUGAAGCAGAUCUCUGAAAAGCAUCACUCUUGCCAUCAACUGGAAGGGAGAGACAAUUACAGGUACAUUAUGGGACAAGGAGAAGCUUCAGCAAGAGGCACAAGUAUGGAGGGGGACUGUCUCAUUUGCAUCAAGUACCUCAUGUUCAUCUUCAACUUUUUCAUUUUUCUUGGAGGUUCAUUCCUUCUUGGGGUGGGAAUCUGGGUGUUGGUGGACCCGACAGGUUUCCGGGAGAUUGUGGCAGCCAACCCUCUCCUGUUUACAGGAGUCUACACAAUUUUGAUCUUGGGCGGCAUGCUGUUCCUGCUGGGAUUUCUGGGCUGCUGCGGAGCCAUACGAGAAAAUAAAUGUCUCCUACUGUUUUUCUUCAUGCUCAUACUCAUCAUAUUUCUGGCAGAGCUGGCGGUGGCCAUUCUGGCAUUCAUUUUCAGGGAGCAUCAGCUCACCAGAGAUUACUUCACCAAGGAGCUGAAAGUACAUUACCAUGGCACCAAUAGCACUGAUGUCUUCACCUCAACAUGGAAUGCCAUUAUGACCACAUUUGAUUGCUGUGGGGUGAACAGCGCUGAAGACUUCGAUGAUCAGAGCCUCUUCAGACGGCUGAACCCCAGCAGACUAGUGCCAGAGGUUUGUUGCCAGAGGAACAAUCUGAUGAUGAGCAAGGAGGAGUGUCUCAAGGGAAUUAUGCCAAUCCGUAUCAAGGGCUGUUAUUCAGCAGUAGUGGACUAUUUUGAGACAUACAUCUACAUGGCUGGAGCCCUUGCUAUUGUGGUGCUGACUGUUGAACUUUUUGCCAUGGUGUUUGCUAUGUGUUUGUUUAGGGGAAUCCAGUGAUCUUAACAUGCUGUACAUUAAGGACAUUUUGAGAAGGAAACACAUGACAUGGAAGACAUUUUUAAGUAAGAAAAAGAAGAAAACACCUAUAUAUCUGCCAUCUCUAUGUUGUGAUGUUGGAAUAUCUGAGAAUUGCCAAAAAUGUAUCAUACUUCACAGAUGGGAAAUAGAGGCACUUGUGAAAAACAAAAGCAAGAGUCAUUCAUAAGUUAAGGAUGGCAUCUCUGGCAGUCCUUUAAGGUCAAUGGAGGACACCUUGCACUGAUAUUUGGUUGAAUAUUUAUGGAUGACAAAAAGACUGAUUUGUACCAAUAUGUUUUACCUUUUAUUUACAGCACAUUGUUCAGCACUUCUUCAGGAGAAAAAUAAAACUACACUGUGUGAAUGGGAGAGUUUGUCUCUGGAAUAGGGAAGAUUGGUGUGUGUGUGUGUGUGUGUGUGUGCUCUUGUUUUUGUGACAUAUCAGGACACAACUCUGUAUAAUAACAUGGGCAUGACACAGGUAUUACAAGGAGAGGGUGACUUAUGAGGACAUAACCCAUGUUCCCAUUUUUCAAAACACUUAUAAAUCAUACAGAAUGAGUUUUUUUUUUGAGAAAGUAAAAAUGCACAAAGUUUCCUGUGAGGGUUAGGGUUAGGUGUAGGGCCAUAGAAUAUACAGUUUGUACAGUAUAAAAACCAUUACGCCUGUGAGAUGAACCCAUUUUUCACAAAAACAAACACGUGUGUGUGUGUGUGUGCUUGUGUUUCUGUAUAAAAUCAGAGUGGCCAGCAGCUUAAGUAAUGUUUUGUGAGUUGCAACCGUGAAUAUUUUAUGUGAUUUUAGCAAAACUGUGCUGUAUUUGUGUUGUAUAUAUUGUACACAUGACACUGAAUGAUAUAAAAAAAUCUGCAGUGCUUAUCAUUAUUAUGUUUUUCAUCAUUGGUUGAAUCUUGCUAUUCCAAUAGCAAAUCUAAGCAUUCUAGAUAAAAGAUUAUGGCAAUACACCAGACUGUUUUAAUUUUUGGGAGAUUUGUGAUUCAAGUUUAACGCGUUUCAUAAAUAUGGUGCUGCAUACAUAUUGCAUAUUAGAAAUCUAGGAAGCCAGAUUUUAAAACCAAUUUGAAAUUGGUUUAUUAAAAAAAAAGUAAUUAAGAACAAAAAGGCAUUAGAAGCUGCUUACCCUGCCUCAGGCUGUACAAGAUAAAUAUCCUGGGCAGUGCAGUGGUUCUCAAGACUCAUGGGACUUAAAGAGACACACAAGUAAGCAGGUUAAGAAGUCUAAAAUGCCUUAAUGAUCCUUAUCUGUUGUUCUCUAAAAUAACGCAGGAAUUGUUGGACAAAUCACUGAUUCCUGAAUCAAUUAAGCUGUAUGGAAGAUCAGUAGUUGUCCUUGAGUUUGACAGUCAUGUUUUAUCAUGUUGGACAAGCUUGUCAUUAGAUUUGCAGCCAGAAUGAAUUAGAUUUUUCAAGUGUUAGUCAUCCAUUAACCACUUGUCAGCAACACCAUGUUUACUGACUUCAUUUCCUUGACUACCUGUAAAUAUUUUCUAACUGCCUGUUUCAUUUUGCUUUGCAAGCAUUGUUUGUACUGUUUCUAAAAUAUUUAAAUUGUACAUAACAUAUAUUUGUUUAUGAACUAUUAACCUAUUUGUUAGUAGCUUUUAAUGAUAGACUAGAGGUAGAUUUUAUUACUCCCACAGGACACAACCAACACUGGAUGCCAUUCUUGUAAUCUUAAGAUCUUUCGGCAUUCUUUUGACAUAGCCAAUUUAUAUCAUGCAACACUCUACUUAGGAGGUAAGUGGCUGAAUCAGAUCUAUCAGAAAUAGGGGACCAGCUUUGAAAAUCACAUCUCCAACAUAUUAUGUAAAUAUGACAGUCCAUAUACUUGUUGAUAUUCCCGUCAUUAUUGAAAUCAAAUAGCUAGGUUUAGCUCCAUAAUAUUAAUUGAGUCAGCUUUAUGUCAGAGAUUUCGGUAAAGUUAUGUUUAUGAUUGUGCCAUUAAGCUUGUGUCUGGUGACAGAAGUUACAUAUAUCAGACUUUUCUCAUGACUCCAUGCCCUGAUCCAUGCUAAGCAGUUUAUAAGUGAUCUUGCUGCACAUUACUGCUGUUACUUGUGACUUUUAAAUAUUGAAAGGAACAGUAGGUUUAUGUAAAUGUUAUCUAUCUAGUCACUUAAGUGUCAGACACUUCUCUGUUGAAUUUUAUUUAUAAAUUUCAAAGUAUUUUUGACUAUUUACACAUUUUAUAAUUUCAGAAAUGAAAAAAGAAAACAAUGUUUCUCUUUCAUUUAAUUAAUGUUUUCUUAACUGAACUACGGAAACACAAAUUAAAAUGUCUGAAAACAGAUUUUACUGAGUCUGAAAGGUACCUAUCCUUUAUUCUGACAGUUAAUUAUCAAAAUAUCACACUUCCAUCCAAUUUCCUGUCCAAUAAUGGAAUUUCCUUCUCCACUUUGCUCAUUUUUAAAGCUCUGUAUGUCAUUUCUUACUUUCUGUUGGAGAUCUCUAGAUACUUCUUGUAUAGUCUCUUAACAUCUUUCACAGGUUCCUUUAAAAAGAAAGCAUUAAAACAUCUUCCUGCAUUUCAUAUCACCAAAUAGUACUGUUGUGCCCAUCCACAUUCUAUUUAUUAAAUAUUAAUAAAAAUGAAAAAAAGAGAAAUUUGAAGGCCACAUAUUAUUUCUAAGCAUUAAGUGUGUGAUAAAUAUUAUAUUGUUUAUUUAAUACUAUAAUCAUUGAUUUCCCAUUAAAAAAAUGAAGUAAUCAGAGCUGUAAAACUCAUCUGAUAAUGCAAGUGGCUGAAGUAGGGUCAAUCCAUGUUCAGUCACUGAAAUAAUGUGAUAUGAAUUAUUUAUAUUUACUGCAGUAUCGAUUUGUAGAGACAAAUAAAUAAUGUGGUGCACAGACCUGUGACACCUAACUGCUGUAUCUCCUGGAUCAGAGAGCAGCCAACUAUGCUCGCUAUGAUAGGAGCGUCCACAUUGUACUCGGGGCAGCUCCUCUUCACCUGUGCUCCUCUUUUGUUGGGACUAGUCCCAUCUUCUUUGGUACAGCCUUUCUCCUGUUAAAUUGUGUUAAACCCUGAAGUUAUUCAAUUCAAAACACUUAAAAACUAAUUCUAAGUUUUUAAUAUAGAACAGGGGUCUUCAAACAAGGGGGUGCUAAGGUCUGAAAAGAAAAUGUCUGAAAAAAGGGUGUAAAAAGGAAAAAGGUUUGAUUACACUUUGACUCUUUAUAACAACAACAA